GCUCAGCUGUCAUCUCUGCUCGUUUCUCCUGCAGCAGCAGGUCAGGGGGCGGAUCCCGGAUCCCGGAUCCCGGAUCACCGCCGGUCCACCGACCCACACACACACACACACACACACACCAGCUCCCCACGCCUCUCCGCGCUCUCGUGUGUGUGAUGUUCCUCCUGCUGCGGAGACCAUGAGUCCCGCGGAGGACCUGAGAGACUUCAUCCGCCAGAGACUCGCCGCCGCCGCGGAGGAGAUCUGCUCCGAGCUCCAGCAGAGGGUCGCUCAGUACGAGCAGCAGCUGGAGCGCCAGAGGAGGCUGCUGGAGGGCCGCGGGGGGGCCGCCACGCCAGGGUCGAGCUCCGGCCUGGAGGUCAAAGAGGAGCCGGGGGCGCCGGCGGGCCCUGGGGGGCCGGGGCCCCCCCACAUCAAGGAGGAGCCAGAGGAAGAGUGCGGCUCGCCGCCGGUGAAGCUGGAGCCCGACACCUUCAUGGUGACGGUGACCGACGGGGAGAGCGACCUCAGUGACCCCGAGGCGGACGGCCGGCGGCCCCGCCCCCACGGCUCCGUCCGGAGCUUCGUCAGCGGCCGGCUCGCCGCGGCGGCGGCGGAGAUCUUGGCCGCGGUCCAGCAGAGCGUGGAGGGGGGCCGGCGGUGGGACGGCGGCUGGAGGCCCGCAGGAACAGGAAGCCCAGCGCCGCGUUUCUACAACGGCAUGCCUCUGGGCUCCGGGCCCGACCAGGACCAGAUCCAGGACCAGGACCAGGACCAGAUCCAAGACCAGGACCAGGACCAGAUCCAAGACCAGGACCAGGACCAGAUCCUGUCCGUCCAGAUUAAAGAGGAGGAGGAGGAUGAAGAGGGCGUGUCGUUUGCGCUGAAGGAGGAACCUCAGGCCUUCCUGGUGACUCCCGGUGAGUCGGACCAUCCCGGCUCGCCGCUCGCCGCCGCCGUUGAGCAGCGUCCCUUCGUGGUCGUCAGCACCUCCCCCGCCUCGGACUCGCGAAGCGACGCGGACGGGAAGAGCUUCAGCUGUGAGACCUGCGGGAAAGCCUUCGGCCGCGUCCAGCAGCUGAGGAAGCACCGGCGGAUCCACAGCGGCGAGAAGCCGCACUGCUGCCAGACCUGCGGGAAGAGAUUCAUCCAGAAGCAGAACCUGAAGACUCACAUGAAGACCCACACGGGCGAGAAGCCCUUCUCCUGCGAGGCCUGCGGGAAGAGCUUCAGCCAGAAGGGACACCUGAAGAGCCACAUGAACAUCCACACCGGCGAGAAGCCGUUCUUCUGCCAGACCUGCGGCAAAAACUUCAGACACAAGAUCUCCUUCAUGAUCCACGUGAGGAACCACACGGGAGAGAAGCCGUUCGUCUGCGCCGCCUGCGGGACGGGCUUCACCAGCGCCGCCGCGCUGAAGAAGCACGCCCUGGUCCACUCCGGCGAGAAGCCGUUCUCCUGCCAGAUGUGCUCCAAGACCUUCCGGGUCCAGAGGAACCUGAUCGUCCACAUGAAGACUCACUCCGGCGUCAAGUCCUGCUUCUGCGAGACGUGCGGGAAAGGCUUCAGCCGGCAGGGCAACCUGCUGGUCCACAUGAGGACGCACACCGGCGAGAAGCCGCACGCCUGCCAGACCUGCGGGAAGAGCUUCAGCCGGCACAGCAACCUGCUGGUCCACAUGAGGACCCACACCGGCGCCAAGCCGCACGCCUGCGACGCCUGCGGGAAGAGCUUCAGCCAGCAGAGCUCGCUGGCCGCCCACCGCAGGAUCCACACCGGCGAGAAGCCGUACGCCUGCGAGAUCUGCGGCCGCGGCUUCACCGAGCACGGAAACAUGCUGGUCCAUAAGAGGACCCACACCGGCGAGAAGCCGUACUCCUGCGACGUCUGCUGGAAGCGCUUCAGCCAGCAGAUCUCGCUGUCGGCCCACAUGAAGACGCACUCCGGCCGGACGCUGCCCAGUGUGAAGGUGGAUCAGUGUUUCCUCUCCGCCGGGGGGGGGGCUGGCCUCGCCCGACUUCCGGUCAUUUUCCGGUUCGCUUCCGGUUACCUUCCGCGUCAGUGCAGCAGUCCCUGGCCCUCACCUUUCACUGCGAGCCGAACCGGGACUAGAGCCGCCGGACCGGGUCCGCGUCCCGCCGGGUCCAUGAGUCCCGCGGAGGACCUGAGAGACUUCAUCCGCCAGAGACUCGCCGCCGCCGCGGAGGAGAUCUGCUCCGAGCUCCAGCAGAGGGUCGCUCAGUACGAGCAGCAGCUGGAGCGCCAGAGGAGGCUGCUGGAGGGCCGCGGGGGGGCCGCGGGGGGGGCCGCCACGCCAGAACCCCCCCGGCAGCAAGGCGGCCAGGACCAGGAGACGAGCCCCGGCCUGCAGGUCAAAGAGGAGCCGGGGGGCCCGGGGGGGCCGGGGGGGCCGGGGCCCCCCCACAUCAAGGAGGAGCCCGAGGAAGAGUGCGGCUCGCCGCCGGUGAAGCUGGAGCCCGACACCUUCAUGGUGACGGUGACCGACGGGGAGAGCGACCUCAGUGACCCCGAGGCGGACCCCCCCCACGGCUCCGUCCGGAGCUUCGUCAGCGGCCGGCUCGCCGCCGCCGCCGCGGAGAUCUUGGCCGUGGUCCAGCAGAGCGUGGAGGAGGGCCGGCGGUGGGACGGCGGCUGGAGGCCCGCAGGAACAGGAAGCCCAGCGCCGCGUUUCUACAACGGCAUGCCUCUGGGCUCCGGGCCAGACCAGGACCAGGACCAGGACCAAGACCUGUACCAGGACCAGGACCAGAUCACAGAGGAGGCCUGCAGCAGUCAGGAGCCGCUGCGCUUCGUCUUCAGGACAGACGACCUCCUGGUGACGCCGUCUAACCAGCUCCGCCGGUCGGAUCAGGUCGACCGACGGCUCAUCUCCGCGGCGGCGGCGGCGGGCGGCGGCUACGGCGACUCGCCGGCGACUCCCGGCGGCGGGGGGCGUCCCUUCUUCGCUCUGACGUCCACGAACCCGGGGCAGAGCUGCGCCCGGUGCGACGUCUGCGGCGCGGCGUUCAGACUGGCCUCCCAGCUGGAGAAGCACCGCGCCGUGCACGCCGGCGAGAAGCCGCAGUCCUGCCACACCUGCGGCAAGAUGUUCGCGCACGUGCGCUCGCUGAGGAAUCACAUCAGAAACCACACGGGCGAGAAGCCCUACACCUGCGGGGAGUGCGGGAAGAAGUUCAGCCAGAAGGGCCACCUGAAGAGCCACAUGAACAUCCACACCGGCGAGAAGCCGUUCUUCUGCCAGACCUGCGGCAAACGCUUCUGCCAGAAGAGCAACCUGAUCUCCCACAGCAGGAUCCACACCGGCGAGAAGCCGUACUCCUGCGAGAUCUGCGGCAGGAGCUUCACCGGACGCGGCAACCUGCUGGUCCACCUCAGAACUCACACCGGCGAGAAGCCGUACCCCUGCGCCGUCUGCGGGAAGUGCUUCAGCCGGCAGGACGCUCUGUCCGCACACACCAAGACACACACGGGGCACAAGCUGCACGCUUUAAAACCCGAAACGGCCCAGUCGGCGGUGUGUGUGUGUGUGGCUCUGCGCUGUGCUCGUGUCUCAGGAGAAACCCUCCUCCUGCCGUCUGGAAGCUCUCCAGAGCGGAUCGUCCUCUGCUUCCGGUUCCAGCCGCUCCUCGCGCGCUCCGCGGUUCUCACGGCGAGCAUCAAAAGACGUUCAGCUCCCAACAGUCUGCAGGAGCAGCGGGACCGGAAGUGGACCACCGGAAGAGAGAUGGAGCUUCAACAGCAGCACACUGCCUACGACCCCCAGCAGCCGGUCUGUAAGGCGGAGCCGCCGUGUGAGCAGACCGCCGCCUCCCCCCUCCACCAGCCUCCACCCCUCCACAUCAAAGAGGAACCGGAGGAACCGUGGUCCGUGGAGGACGGAGAGCCCUUCAUCCUGAAGGAGGAGAGUGACUUCUUCCCCCGGGACGCCGCCGACCCCCCCGCGGCGGAGGACCCGUGCGACAGCUUCCCCGGAAAGCUUUGUCUGGAGUGCAGCUUCUGUGGAAAGGCCUUCCGGUUCGUGUCCCAGGUGGAGAAACACCACCGGAUCCACACGGGGGAGAAGCCGUACUGCUGCCAGGCGUGCGGGAAGCGCUUCGUCCAGAAGCAGCACCUGCAGGCGCACAUGCUGAUCCACACCGGCGAGAAGCCGCACUCCUGCCAGACCUGCGCCAAACGCUUCAAGCAGAAGAAGUCUCUCCUGAUCCACAUGAAGAUCCACACCGGCGAGAAGCCGUACCUCUGCAACACCUGCGGGAAGAGGUUCACCGAUCCGUCCACGCUGAGGAAACACACCGUGAUCCACACGGGCGAGAAGCCGCAUUCCUGCCAGGUGUGUGGGAAGAGCUUCAGCCGGCACAGUAACGUCUUGGUUCAUAUGAGAACUCACACCGGCGAGAAGCCCUACCUCUGCACCACCUGCGGGAAAAGCUUCACCGACCCGUCCACACUGAGGAAACACAAGGAGAUCCACACCACCGUGCUGGGUCCCGUCAACAAGCCCUACUCCUGCGAAACGUGUGGGAAACGUUUCAGCAAGGAGAGCAACUUCCUGGUGCACAUGAGAACUCACACCGGCGAGAAGCCGUACCCCUGCCAGACCUGCGGGAAAUGCUUCAGCCGGCACAACCACCUGCUGGUGCACAUGAGGACUCACACCGGCGAGAAGCCGCACUCGUGCGACACGUGCGGGAGGCGUUUCAGCCAGCGCGGCAGCCUGCUGCACCACAUCCGAACCCACACGGGCGAGAAGCCCUUCUCCUGCGAGGUGUGCAGCAAGACGUUCAGUCGGAACAGCCACAUGCUGGUCCACAUGAAAACCCACACAGGAGAGAAGCUGCAGGCUUGAAAGACGCGACGAAGUCAGAAACUCACCAGAAACGCCCGUUUGUACCACCAGGCUUCAGGCGAACGCGCAUCUCUGGUUUUUGUCUCAGAACACUGGAGCGGUGUAGUUUCCAUGUUGGGCCAUGAGGUGGUGCUGUAGUUUGUUUUAUGAGAUGAAACCACACAGUCGCCUGCAGAGAACAAUACGCUCUAAACAUUAACAGUGAGGCUGUGUCCCAAUGUCCACACUCUGUCCUCUACAUAGUGGAGACAUAUUCAUUACCAGUACCUCUAACAGCGCUAAAUUGUCACUUGACAGUCACAGUGCCGGUCCGGCACCAGCAUUUUUUGGGGAGAAUUUGAAAGGAAUGACG